AUGAAUAAACAGCCAACCCAACACUUACAUCUUCGUGUGCGACGACAAACGGCGGCGAUCGUGUACGGAAACUCUCCAGGUUGCACACAGUCACAGGUACAAGUAGUGAAUAGAGUCAAAAUUGCAGGCUCGCCGGAGAAGCCGGAUGCCGGGAAAAAGCGUGUUCGAAAAAGCUAUGCAGAGGAAGAACGACUAUUCAAAUGCGAAUACUGUAGUCGCAGUUAUGCAUUUGAACAUUCUAGAAAUCAACACGUACGGUCAAAGCAUGUAAAGCGAUCAUCUAGUUUCGGCUUCUUUUCGCCACAAGCAAAAAUUCGAUCAAAUGAAAAGACUCAAAAGCGGCACUCGGAUGGUAGCCUUAACCUAUCGGCCAUCAGACGCACACUUGGUGAUGUAUUCAAGAAGGGCACAAAUCCAUACACUCGGUAUAAUGAAAUGGCGGUCAUUGCAAUCGAGAAUCAAUUGCAAUGUAGUGUAGUGGCCGGUCCUGCCCAUGGGUCAAUAUCAUCAUCAUCAAAUAAAGGAGAAUGGGUUCGAGCUACAUCUGAUGUGAAAGGCUCACAUCUGGCGACACAGUUGGCCUAUAUGAAUGGGAUAGCCUCUACGGAACAAAUCUUACAUUUACCAAAUACGUCAAUGACUACGACUUUGACUCAUCCUCGCUCAGACCUGUCCAAAAGUGUGCCUGAAAGUAAUGUUGACAUUCAAUACCACGCCUCCGCUGUUCAAAGGCCUUCACGGUUCCCCAUGUCUUGGAGUCGCCCCAAACGCUCUUUGAAAGCCCCCCAGCGAACUAUUGAUCACGUAAGAACACACUCAGACAGUCGGACUCGUGCAAGCAUCGCUGGAGCCAAUUCAGGACGGGGUUCGACUCUCACGAAGAAAACGUCGGAUGGCUGGGUGCAUCCCCAACAUUAUACGGAAGACUUGACUCCGGCAUCAAACCAGAAAAGUAUUUACGGACACAUAUCUAUGACCACAAGUGAAUAUGGCGCUAAGGACGCAGCAGGCAAUACAAAAGAUGCCAAUCCGCGAAGUCAAAGUCGAGGUGUCCUAAGUAGUUCUUUGCCCAAUGGAUUCAAUAUACCAGUAAAAGAACAGGAGCUUUUUGAAAGUAUGUCGCCCGAGAGGCAACUGCAGGCCCUUUUUAGUAGUAUGGGAGAUUCCUUCUCAGAAACAAGGAUAGGAUCCUGUCCGUUACCCGGCAUAGCGAUGACCAAUGAAGAGGAUUCCCAGACGAUCGAUUCUGAUACUCACACGAGAAAUUCGAGAUCCAAUACUUAUAUUGGCAGGCCUACAGAGGUCAUAUGGCCAUAUGGUAGCGAAAGUUUCGAUGCCUUCAUGCAUACCACAUCUGAGCCAUAUCUUAACCAUCAGGGUUGUACUGCGGUAAGGGAAUUCGCGCAGCCGAUGUCACCACAGGCCAAGGAUAUCGAAGGACAAAAGCCUGUACAUCUAAAGCAAACUUCAGUAUUGGAUAUCGACAUGUGGACACCGGUUAUCUACCUCCUGGUGAAUGAGGUGAAGGCACGUUCAGAACUGACAUGGCAUUCAAAGACGAAUAUUAGUUUCCAGGAGGUUGCACAACAAUUGACUAUUACCAUUGAUCAUUAUCUCAUAACCGCUCGGUAG